AUGGGCAACUCAGAAUCUUCAUCAGCAUCUUCAUCCGAUCCUCGCUUUAAUUCUGCCUGCAGAGCAUUUACGCAUACUGAACUGGAGGACCUCAAAUCCCUCUUUGCAUCUCUGGCUGCCAAAUCCCAGAGUAACGGCCAGUAUAUCAGUCCAGCAGUUUUCAAGGAGUAUACUGGAAUUGAAGGGCCCUUGGGAGAAAGACUGUUCGGCUUGGUUACUCAGAAACAAAAUGAUCAAAAGCUUACCUUCCAGGAUCUUGUUGUUGCUAAGGGUACAUAUGAAAAAGGAACAAAAGAUGAUAUUGAAGAGUUUAUUUUUCAACUGUUAGAUGUCAACAGUGACGGUGUUGUCACAAGGUCUGAUCUUGAAAGUGCUCUGGCCACAAUGCAGAGUUGUAUAUUUCCAGGCCCGGGUUCUGUUGAAUUUGUUGAGAUUUUACUGACUGUGGCUACUUUUGAGAGGGAUGAUAGUCUAUCCUUCGAUGAUUUCAGAAAAUGGUGCAACCUGCUUCCAUCUGUUCGGAAGUUCUUGGGAAGUUUGCUGAUGCCAUCCAACUCAGGCUCUCAAGUUCCAAAGCUGAUCUGCCUUGAAAGUGUUGACCCCAACCUAGUGUUGUUAAAGAGGGAAUAUGCUUGGGUUAUCGGGGGAGCACUUUCACAUGAACUUGAUGAAUGGAAACUCUUGUACCACAGUGCAGUUCAUGGCCAAAGUUUCAAUACAUUCCUUGGGAAAAUAUCAAACAAUGAAGGGCCAACUGUGUUGGUUAUUAAGGAUAGAGAGGGUCACAUAUAUGGAGGUUACGCUUCUCAACCUUGGGAAAAGCAUGGUGACUUUUAUGGGGACCUAAAGUCGUUUCUUUUCCGGUUGUAUCCAAAAGCUUCAAUAUUCCGCCCUACUGGAGCAAACCACAAUUUGCAGUGGUGUGCGGUGAAUUUCAGUUCAGACAGCAUCCCAAAUGGCAUUGCUUUUGGAGGGCGGGUUAAUCAUUUCGGCCUGUUCGUUUCAGCUAACUUUGAUAAAGGGCACACUUUUGAGUGCACAACUUUUGGCAGUCCACCAUUGUCAAGGUCCAGCAACAUACAACCGGAAGUGAUAGAAUGCUGGGUAGUAUUGCAGAAGGGACCUCAACAAGAGAUGCCGGAAUCCGUUAAAGGAACUGUGUUGGAGAGGUUUAAAGAGGAUCGUCACAUGUUGAACAUGGUUGGGCUAGCCAACUCAAGCGAAUGA